GAGAGCAGGGUGCCGCGGCCGCAGCACUGGAUGGAAGGUUGGAUUGAGCGCUUCUCUUCUUCUCCCUCUCCUCUCCCUCGUUCUUUUUUACCGGGACAGCACGAGACUGGAACGGGACACGAACGGGACCUGAGGCUGUCCAGUGCUGUGGGAUCAGGACGUCGUGAGCAGGCUGUUGAUUGGAGGGUUGUUUACAGCAGGCCGUGCUUCUCAUGGUCACCAGGGGAGAGGGGUUAUGACAGUUUGCAGGCUACAAUAUUGUGAGUAUUGUGGUAUACAUUGGAGACUUCGGUGCGGUUUUGCGGAGGCAGCGAAAAGAAGAGCCAGGGGACACUGAGGAAUAGAAGAACCUGGACACAGAAUAUCAGCAGAACAGUUAAAGACUGUGGAAGUAAAGGACAGUGGACACCUGCCAGUCAAGACUUAAAGAGACCGUAGCUCUCUCUCCCCAUCUUUUGAUCUCUUCUCUUUAUUUCUCUCUCAAUCCCGCUCCCUCUCUAAUGGGAGUAACUUAGAACACGUUGUUCCAUCUCACGCCCCCGCCCCCUCCCUGUGUUUCUGUGGUGAUGGAAGCGCCCAGCAGGAAGUGAUGUCGUGGAAGAGGAACUACUUUGCGUCGGGCGGUGGCAGCGGAAGUCCCGGUGGAGGGCUACAGGGCCUGAUCACGACCCCGCGGACUAUGGCCUCCUUCGCCCCAAGUAAAGGUCUGAGCAAUGAACCUGGACAGAACAGCUGCUUUUUAAACAGCGCCCUGCAGGUUCUGUGGCAUCUGGAUAUCUUCCGUAGAAGUUUCCGCCAGCUGACCACUCACAAGUGUAUGGAAGACUCUUGCAUCUUCUGUGCCCUCAAGAGUAUCUUUGCCCAGUUCCAGUUCAGCAGUGAGCGUGUGUUACCGUCGGACGUGUUGCGGAGUGCGCUGGCCAAGACCUUCCAGGACGAACAGCGUUUCCAGCUGGGGAUCAUGGACGACGCAGCAGAAUGCUUCGAGAACCUACUGAUGCGUAUCCAUUUCCACAUCAGCGCCGAGACCAGGGAGGACAUCUGUACAGCCAAACACUGUAUACCACACCAGAAGUUUGCCAUGACGCUGUUCGAACAGUGUGUGUGUAAUAUUUGUGGAGCCACGUCGGACCCCCUCCCCUUCAUUCAGAUGGUUCACUAUAUCUCUACCACGUCCCUCUGCAGUAACCAGGCGGUGAGGAUGUUAGAGUGUAGAGAGAAGCCCACCCCUGACAUGUUUGGAGAGCUGCUCCGCAACGCCAGCAACAUGGGAGACCUACGCAACUGCCCAAGUAACUGUGGGGAGGUGUUGCGUAUCCGCCGUGUGCUGAUGAACUCUCCAGAGAUAGUGUCCAUCGGCCUGGUCUGGGACUCAGACCACUCUGACCUGGCUGAGGACGUCAUUCACAGCCUGGGCACCUGUCUACGCCUGGGGGAUUUGUUCUACCGUGUGACAGAGGAGCGGGCUCGUCAGGCUGAGCUGUACCUGGUUGGUAUGGUGUGUUACUAUGGUAAACACUACUCCACAUUCUUCUUCCAGACUAAGAUACGCAAGUGGAUGUACUUUGACGACGCCCACGUCAAAGAGAUCGGUCCUAAGUGGAAGGACGUGGUGGCGCGGUGUAUAAAGGGUCACUACCAGCCUCUACUGCUGCUCUAUGCUGACCCCCGGGGGACGCCGGUGGUAUCGCAGGACAACCCCUCCUUCUCUAACCCCCAGCUGGACCUGCUGCACUGCAGCAAGGCUGGCUAUGACAGCGAGGACUCUGGGCGGGAGCCCUCCAUAUCCAGUGAUACCCGUACAGAUUCUUCAGACAGCUCCAGCCACCGAGCAUCUCGAAAUCGCCCUCUCCACCAGUCAACAGGCAGCCACCUGUCCAACGAAUCGCAGACCACAGUGGUCGGUAAACAUGACAACGGCACACCCCUACACAGUGCAGACGCAACAGACUCAGUAACAGAGGCUCCCCCCCGCCCCCCCUCCCCUACCCUGCAGCAGGGGGACUAUAAAGAGACAGCUGGGUUCCUCCUCUCCUCUCGUCGUCCCAUGUCGUCAUGCUCUUCCUCCCACCCUUUCUCCUCCUCCUCCUCUUCCUCCCAUCCCCCCUCCUCUACCUGUUCCUAUCCCGUCUCCUCCUCCUCUUCCUCCCGUCCCAUGUCCUCUUCCUCUUCCUCGGGUAUAGGGGGGUCUGUGCUGGGUUCUGAGGCAGGGGCCGUGGGGCCUCACUGGGAGGAUGAGAGCACUAGCAGCGAGUCCAAGUCUAGUUCUUCUGGUGGUCGAUGUUACCGGCCAGCCUGGAGGCCACGGAGGGAGGCCCUGAACAUCGACAGCAUCUUCACCCGCCAGAGAGGCUCUCCGCUGGGCUACAGCACCCUGCCCGGGCCCCGUCUACCUCCAAAGCUCCAUCAACACUGUCCAACUAACACGCCUGAUCUGCAGGGGGCAGGAGAGGUGGCCUGGGGUGUAGCGGGCUUGGGGGGACACACUGGGGGGGUGGCCGGUGUGGCAGGGAUGCCAGGGUUGCUAGGCAAUGGUACGGGCUGCCCCCCUCCUCCUCCCCCGUUGAGAGGGGUGGAGCUUCAGCCCUGUCUGAUCCAGAGGAUGGAGAGUGGUUACGAGAGCAGCGAGAGGAACAGCAGCAGCCCUGACAGGGAGGUAGGUCAGAAGCGUGUGUUGAUGUCUGGUCCGUCGUGGCGCUCGGUGCCCAAGUCCAAGAGCACCAGUGCCAUCCUGCAGGAGCUGCCAGCACCUAGCUGGGGCAGCAACAGCAACCUGGGCGCUGGCCGUAGCGAGCUGGAUGAGCUUCAGGAGGAGGUAGUGAGGAGAGCGAGGCAGCAGGAGCAGCAGAGGAGGAAAGAGGCGGAGAGAGAAGCUGCGGUGGGAUUCAACCCCAGACCCUCCAAAUACAUGGACUUAGACCAGCUGCAACACCAGGCUGUGCUCAGCCCCUUGCAUGAGGCUAAUGCUCAUAGUGGAUUGGCUGUAGCUGCGUGCAUGAGGAGCACUUGGGAACCAAUCACACAGGAUCAGGAUAUGGAGCAGGAGACAAGAAGCGCCCGUCCACAGGGGCAUCGCAGUGAACAGCCUGGCCCGCUCCAAGUACUGCUGACGCCCAAUCAGGAGGGGGAAGAGGUCCGGCCAGCCUACCAGGAUGCAGCCCUGGGCCCUGGCCAGCCCUCUCUCUCCUACAGACCCUCCCCCAUCCUCACCCCUCUCCACUCAUCCCUCCAACCCCCUCCCACCGACAACUCCGCAGCACAGGUUGAGGAGGGGAGAGACAGCCUUUUUAGCGGGGGAGAGGGGAGAGAACGGGUCAGGAGGGAGGAGGAUGUGGGGAUGAGUGAGGUGGGGGGACAGGGACUGAGGAAAGUUGAGGAGGGGGAGCGGUUGAGGAGGGGUAAGGAAAGACAGGGGGUGAGGCUGGAGGAGUUGUUACAGGUUGGGGGGGUGUGUGUGAGACCUCUAGGCAGACACCUGGCCAUCUCUCUUCCCUCUUUACCUCUCAGACUCUGGGAUAUAUCCGACACACACACGACCCCCUCACACACACAUUCACCCUCUGACCCCCAACACACACGACCCCCACCCCCACAUUCAAACACUGACUCCCCACACACGUAUACAGACCCUGAGCUCCCACACAAACAGUCUGACCCUCAGCCCACCCCCCCCUCAUCUCGCAGUCAGCCCCACCCCUCCCCGCCCACCACCUCUUCUGAUUGGCCCAAUCAAGUUUCCACCUUCAACACCAUCACAAGUCAUUGGUCCUCCUGGAGCUUGGACCGCCCAGAUGCCGUGGUUACGCCAUAUGACACACCUCCAGAUCGCUGCCUCCCCAUUAAGGCACACCUCUCCCACAGAAAAUACAACUCCCAGCCUGCACCUGCACAGCAUGAACCCUGUGACCCUGAGGAGGCAGAGUUAUCAGAGCUGGACUUCCUGUACCGGGCCAGUCUCCAGGCAGGAAGUAGAGGUGGCAGCCCGGCCGGGAGGCUGCAGUGUGGGGUAAGAGGGCCAGCCCGCUCCUUCACUCCCAACACCAACAUGGAGGGGAGUGUGUACCAGACUGACAGCAGCAGCACAAUGGUCCGCAGUCUGAGCGGCACAGUCAUCAACCCGCAUCGCCACCGUCUCGCCACUGCACGCAGCUUUGAGAUGCCCAAUGGCGCGGGGAGUUUCUGGUGUCUGACGGGGGUGAAGCUGACUUCAGACCACUUAAGACAGUGGUCUUCAGACCACUGACGUGCCUCCUUAUGCAUCUACGCAACAGGCACCUCCGAGGGCAGCUCGCUGGGGUCCUUACUCUCCACACCGCUACAGGAAACUCAUAGGGCAGCUCUCCGGGGUCCUAACACACAACACCGCUACAAGCACAUCCCACAUUGGACCUCUAGGGUCCUUACCCUCCACACCGCUACGGGGACCUCCCAGGGCAGCCUUCUAGGGUCCUAACCCUCCACAGUUCUACAGGCACCUCCCAGGGCAGCUCUAUGGGGUCCUUACCCUCCACACAGCUACAGGGACCUCCCAGAGCAGCUCUUUGGAGUCCUAAUACUCCACGCCACUAAAGGCACCUCCCAGGACAGCUAUUUGCAGGUCCUUACCCCCGACACUGCUAAAGGCACCUCCCAGGACAGCUAUUUGCAGGUCCUUACCCUUGACACCGCUAAAGGCACCUCCCAGGACAGCUAUUUGCAGGUCCUUACCCUCGACACCGCUACAGGCACCUCCCAGUGCAGACAUCCGGGGUCCUAACUCUCCACACCGCUACAGGCACCUCCCGGGACAGCUAUUUGCAGGUCCUUACCCUCGACACCGCUACAGGCACCUCCCAGUGCAGACAUCCGGGGUCCUAACUCUCUACACCGCUACAGGCACCUCCCAGGACAGCUAUUUGCAGGUCCUUACCCUCGACACCGCUAAAGGCAGCUCCCAGGGCAGACACCCAGGGUCCUAAAUCUCCACACCGCUACAGGCAUCUUCCAAAGCUGCCCUGCACCUCACCCAUUGCCAUGAUAGGGGGUUGGUCUAGGACCCCCCCCCAACCCCAAACACACACCUCUCCCCACGUCCGUCCCUCAGUGGUCUACUAACCUCCCUCUACCCCCAUCUCGCACCCUCCGCCCUUCUUCAACUAUUCAGUCUAUGCAGUCAUUCUUAGUCCCCCUCAGCAGGAAUUACUCUGAAACCCAAAACAACAAACUCACCUAAUUACACUUCUAGCUAGCUAGCUUGCGACCUGCUAGCCUGUUAGCCUCCUAAUAUAGUCCGACUCUGAACAUUAUCCAGCUAGCCUUCCCCUCUUUGGGUCUAUAAAGGAGGGAGUAGAUUAGCUAGCCUGGUUUAGCCUAUGAUCUCCCUGCUUUAUCUGCCCCAAUCAGAGGGGCUCUGGAACCUUUAGGUGACUGAAAGAUCCACAGGGGGUGGG